CUUGCACAGUUCCACGUAGUUGAUCCAUAUGAAGUGCAAGGGUGAACGGCGUCAGAUACACGCAUCAAGUCAACGGAGAUAAGCAGUCAAAAAGAACGAAUAGAUUACUUUUCAAUCUCAUAGAUCGAACUUGUUGCUUGGAUGCGAAGAGCUUAGCUUAGCUUUCCUUCUUCAAGGUAUUUCUGGAUUUUGGCUCCGUUACAGUUCUGCUAUACUCAAUCCGGCGAUGCCGCCUCGCGCAAUGAGACGACCGUCCACCGCCACCGCAGCGAAGAAGAAACCACCAGUGAAAAUCUCCAUCGACAUUAAUGAGGAAGCUAAAGAUACUGAUAGCAUUGAAUACAAGAGCAUUAGUAAGCAAGAACGCCGAGAAGCCUCUCCACCUCCAAAAGCAUCACCCGAAAAAGAAAAGGAAUUUGUGUCGUUGAGUUAUCACGAGGUCGAUCGAUCGGAAAGACUGGAGCUUGAAGAUAACGACCCCCAGUCUGACGCGGACGACGAGGGCGGGCCGAAUAUAGAGAUGGAAGAGCAUAGAGGGGCGAUGGAAGAUGAGGAAGAAGAGCAUGAAGAGGAAAGGAUUGAUGAGGAAGACGUGAUGGAAGAAAUCAUGGAAGGUGAGGGGGAGGAAGAGGAGGUGGAAGAAGAUAUGCAUGGUGAGGAAGUUGAUGUAGAGGAAGAGGAGCAUCAUGAUGUGGUGAAGGAGCGACGCAAAAGAAAAGAAUUUGAGGUCUUUGUGGGAGGAUUGGAUCGAGAUGCAACCGAGGAGGAUCUCAGAAAGGUUUUUAGCCAGGUUGGUGAGGUCACUGAAGUGAGACUUAUGAAGAACCCGGUAACUCAGAAGAACAAGGGUUUUGCUUUCCUACGCUUUGCAACUGUUGAGCAGGCUAGGCGAGCCGUUAAUGAGCUUAAACAUCCAAUGGUUAAUGGCAAGCAGUGUGGUGUGUCUCCUAGUCAGGAUAGUGACACCCUGUUUGUUGGCAACAUAUGUAAGACGUGGACAAAGGAAGCUCUGAAGGAAAAGCUUGCACAUUAUGGUGUUGACAACUAUGAGGAUUUAACAUUGGUUGAGGACACUAAAAAUGAGGGUAUGAAUCGGGGAUUCGCCUUUCUGGAUUUCUCUUCCAGGGGAGAUGCAUUGGAUGCAUGCAAGCGUUUGCAGAAGAGGGAUGUUGUUUUCGGUACAGAUAGGACAGCAAAGGUUGCUUUUGCAGACACUUUUAUUGAACCAGAUGAUGAGAUCAUGUCACAGGUUAGGACAAUAUUCCUUGAUGGUCUGCCUUCCACCUGGGAUGAGGACCGUGUCAAGGAACAUCUCAAAAAGUUUGGGAAGAUUGAAAAGGUUGAACUUGCGCGGAAUAUGCCUGCAGCUAAAAGAACAGAUUUUGGUUUUAUAACAUUUGACACGCAUGAUGUGGCAGUUGCUUGUGUUGAAGGUCUUAACAACACAGAGCUUGGGGAUGGUGAUAAAAAGGUUAAGGUUAGGGCAAGGCUUUCAAGGCCACGCCAAAGAGGUAAGUCAACAAGACAUGCUCGAGGAGGCUAUUUAGUUGGGCGUGGUAGUGGUAGGGGUGGAAAGGCUCCUUGGGGCUCUGGUAUAUCCCGCAUGGACUCUUGGAGGUUUUCAAGCCGCAGUGGACGAACCAUUCCAAGCCGUAGCACAUACAGUGGUAGUUUUAAGAGGCCCUUUGACUAUAGGGAUAGACAUCCAGUUAUGGAUGUAGUCCCUGAUAGAGUUGGGAGUAGAAGAUUACCUUCUCCAGAAAGGUCCUUUGAUAGGAGAUCCCCAAUUCCAACCUACAGAAAGAGCAGCUCAAGAAGGGACUACAUCAGACAAGAUGAACCUUUCCCUAGAUCAUCUGAUUUUACUAGAACACCUCCUGAGAGGCGUUCUUCCUAUAGAGAUGCUUAUCCAUCUCGUGGAUCAGGAUACUUUGAUAGUCCUCCUCAGAGCACUUMCCGUGGUGGUGACCGUAGACCACCUCCUCCUUAUGCUGAAGAGAGUUAUGGAAGGCAAAUGGAACGACCCUCAAGCUACCGUGACAACCAUAGCCGUGAAUAUGGUUCUCUUUCUGGUUCAAAACGCCCUCAUUCUGCAGUGGAUGAUCUUCACCCUCGUUUUGCUGAAUCUACACUUAGGCAGUCAAGAGCCCGAUUUGACUAUGGAGGGAGCAGUGCUUCUUUGCCAUACGAUGAUGGUGCUUAUGGAAAUGAGCCUACAAGGCUGGGGCAUAGUUCUCAUAUAGGAUAUGAUAGAGGUAGUCGGAGUUCUGCAGGAAAUUCUCAUGGAUUGUACGAGUCACGCUCAUCAAGUAUGGGGUAUAGCAGAGAGGAGGUGAGCAGAGGUGAUGCAGGAGGAAUGUACUCCAGCUAUAGCAGGAAUUACAUGUCUAGAGAUUACAUGCCUUCUGGAGCUGAUGUCAGUGCAGGUUCAUAUUCAUCUCUCUACCAUAGUCGUCGUAUGAAUGAUGGAUAUUUAAAUGGGAGAGAUUCAGGAUCAUAUUAUUAAAGGUAAAUUGGCAAGUGGUUACUCCAAAGUUUCAUCCCUAGAUGUGCUUCACAUAUUACAUCUGAGACUUAGAUUAUAGAACAACACCUCCUGGGACUGAUUAGUUGGGAGCUUAUUCAGGGAUAUUGGUUGUACUUUCAACAACAUUGUCUUCAUGAAUGGAUGGAAUUUCAAAGCAUUGAUGAGACAUUGCAGAGCUUGGAUUAUUGAAGACCCUUCAAAACUGAUUGGCUUAUUCACUGCAUCAUGUGUAUUCUUGAAAUUGACUGCUUCUGAGAUUGGUAAUUUAAGAUGGUUAGCUCCAAGGAUGAGACAGACAUUGUAAGGUUAACUUAGGGGAACUGAGAAGAUUGACUUGGUCACUUAAUUAAAUGGUGCUUGAAAUGAGAAGGCUCUUAAGUUAGUACUAUGUGAAACUUGAUGCCAUUUAUAGAUUUGUUUGGCCUUAUCUCAACAGAUGGAUAAACUGAACUCUUAUAAGGUAUUUCAGGUUUUGUAUCUUUGAGGUUACGAGCUGCUUCAUGGGUCUCCAGUAGUUUGCUUCUUGGGUUCUUUUUAAUGCAGGCCUGCUGUAUGCUCUCAA